CCAUUUCAUUGAGCUGCAUAUCUUCAUUCUUCAAAAACAGAGCUUCAAACAAACAAUCUGAGCAUAAAAAUCACCAAUGAAGCUCUGUAGCACAACUUCAUUCUAUCCAAAAUCUUGUCUUAUUUCCCCACAAGUUUCUUCAAUUUCACUUUCAAAUUCCUUCAUACCCACCACCACCAAUAAGUUCAAUUCUCUUAAAAUCUCUCAUUCUUGUUCCCAGUUUUCAAGAAAGUUGUCAAUUUGUGCCAGGGCUUCGGCUCCAGCGGCCGUUACCGAAACCGAUACCGUUAAAGAACCUCUCCCUGCUGAUCUUCUUGUUGAAGAAACCCAAGAACCCAAUUGCAGGAUUCGGUUGAGCAUAGAAGUUCCGUCUGUUGUAUGUGAUGAUUGUUACAAAUGGGUCAUAGCUCAGUUUACAAAGAAGGCAAAGGUUCCUGGAUUUCGCCCUGGAAAGAAAGUUCCAGAAAGUAUUCUCAUAAGUUAUGUCGGGAAGGACGCUUUCAGAAAGUCGGUUGUUGAAUCCAUAUUAAAGAAAACUCUUCCACAUGCCAUGUCUUCGGUAGAUGGGCGAGCUUUGAAGGACUCAAUCCGCAUUACAACAACAUUUUCUGACAUGGAAAAAACUUAUUCUUCUUUAAACAUCCUAAGAUACGAAAUUGUUGUGGAUACAGCACCCGAAGUAAAAUGGGUUCCGGAAGAUGCUUACAAGAAUUUGAAGAUAGUUGUUGAGCUUGACAGUGAAAUAGAUGCAAAAAUAGCUUCUGAGCGAGAAAUAAAACGUCGUUACAAGUCUUUAAGUACAAUGAGGAUUGUCACAAACAGAGGACUACAGAUUGGUGAUGUUGCCGUGCUGGAUAUAUCAGCAACAACAGUGGAACAAGACGGAUCAGAAGUAAAAAACGUUCCAGCUGCAGAGAGUAAAGGUUUUCAUUUUGAUACAGAAGAUGGAGAUAGAGUUAUUCCUGGUUUCCUUGACGCAAUUAUUGGAAUUCAAGGUGGUGAAACAAAAUCUUUUCCAUUAGUAUUUCCAGAUUCGUGGAAACAGGAAGACUUGCGUGGUCUCCCAUGUCAGUUUACAGUUGAAUGUAAAGAACUCUUUUAUAGAGAAUUACCAGAGAUGAAUGAUGACAUUGCUGAUAAGCUAAUUCCUGGAUGCACCACUAUCGAGCAGGUUAAGGAGUCAAUGCUGGAGAAAUGUCAAGAACUGGAGCAAACAGCUAAAGAUCAAGCAACAGACAAUGCCAUUCUUGACCAGCUUCGAAAGAUGGUUGAAGUUGAAAUUCCGCAAUCGUUGUUUGAAGAACAAGGAAGGCAGCUUUAUGGAGCCAGACUGCUUCAAAUACAGGCAAACAUGAAGCUAAAUGAAGAACAAAUAGCAACACUUUCAAGCCAAAAGGCAGUACGAGAGUACUUGGAAAACCAGAGGGAGAACAUUGAAAAUAUAAUCAAGCAGAAUCUUGCAGUUGGAGACAUCUUCAAACGCGAAAAUCUGCAGUUCUCAACAGAAGAUCUCGUGAAAGAGGUCGAGAACUCUGUUGCCGAAUUUAAAAAACACCAGCAGGAGUAUGAUGAGGAGAGCAUUCAGGAGCAGGUGCAAGAGGUAUUAGAGGGAGCAAAAGUGCUUGAAUGGUUGAGAGAACAUGCAGAUAUUCAGUAUAUAACCAAAUAAUAAGGAUGAAGCAGCAACUACAGAUCACUUUCUGCAUCAUUCAGAAGCCAUACACACAUUUUUGUUCUCGGGUACAUGUGUUUUAUAUUGUGUUAAUUUGUCAAAAAAGAAAAAGAAAAAAAGAAGGUUGGAGAUUGUAGCAGGAGUGUUAGCUAUUUACUGGACAAAACUCUGGUUCUUAAGUGCUUGUAAGUUUUGGCUGUAAUUGAACAUGAACCUUGGUAGCAAAGAAGAGAAUUUAAUAAAGAUCUGGCAAUCCCUUAAUUAUCUCAAAA